CUCUCCUAUCCUCUCAGCGACACAAAACCACACAAAAACGCGCGCGAAUCACCACAGGGGCACGUCGUCGAGGUCCACCAUGACCAUGCUCGCCUCGCUCUUCUCCCCUUCCCCUCUCCUCACCACCACCGCCUCCACCUCCUCGUCGGCUGCCACCUCCCAGCAGCCACCGUCGGCGCCGCAGUCUGUAAAUGUGAGGCUCCCGGCGCCCAGGCCGUUCGCCACCACGCUGGCCGCGGCGGCCGCGGCCGGCCUCCUCCUGUUGUCUCCCGCGACGCCAUUGCACGCAGAGGCGGAGUUCAAGACCUACUACGGCACGGCGGCGAGCGCGGCGAACUACGGCGGGUACGGCGGGAACGCGAGCAAGAAGGACGCGGCGGAGUACGUGUACGACGUCCCCGAGGGGUGGAAGGAGCGGCUGGUGUCCAAGGUGGAGAAGGGCACCAACGGCACCGACAGCGAGUUCUUCAACCCGCGCAAGCGCUCCGAGCGGGAGUACCUCACCUUCCUCUCCGGCUUCCGCAAGCUGGCGCCCGUCGGCGCCGUGCUCGACAACCUCGCCCUCUCCGACGUCGGGCUGCAGGACCAGAUCUCGUCGGCGGACGGCGUGACGUCGACGGAGCGUAAAGACGAGGACGGGCAGGUGUACUACGAGUACGAGGUGGCCGGCGCCGGCGCGCACAGCCUCAUCUCCGUCACGUGCGCCCGGAACAAGCUGUACGCGCACUUCGUCACCGCGCCCAACCCCGAGUGGGGGCGCGACGAGGCCGUGCUCCGCCGCCUGCACCAGUCGUUCAAGACCGUCGACUUCAGCGGCCAAGAUUGACAUGCCUGCUGCCCGUGUGGUAUGUUGCGGUGGAUCAAGCAGUUUUGUAUAGGCGCGCGCGAUCGGGGAAGAGGUAAUUGAUGUGGAACUGUGGAUAAUUAAGCAAUACGAUCUGGUAUAUCUGAUCUGUAAA